UCUUGGUUGUAACAUCCCCCUCAGGUAUCGAGUUCAGAUUUCGUUUCAAGGCAGUCAUUUGAAAGGACAUUGACUCACAGACACACACACACCUCUUAACAGGGAGCACUUUACGUUUUGGUUUCGAGUUUACUGGUGAGGUCUGGAAGUGAGCGAAACUCCUUCGGCCACUUUUCAACGGACUUCGAACGACCAGUGAUCCAGUUCGUUUGUUUCACUGUCUGAAUAGAAGGCUACGCUGGUGGUGACUGGGGCAGGAUGGCAGCCGUGAAAGCACUUCAGCAAUGGUGUAAGAUCCAGUGCGAGGGCUACCGGGAUGUGGCCAUCACAAACAUGACGACCUCAUUUCGGGACGGUCUCGCCUUCUGUGCGGUCAUUCAUAAGCAGCGGCCAGACUUAAUAGACUUUGACUCUUUGCGGAAGGAGAACAUUUAUGAGAACAACCACUUGGCCUUUCGUGUGGCUGAGGAGCAGUUGGGUAUUCCUGCUCUGUUGGAUGCAGAGGACAUGGUGGCCCUGAAGAUUCCUGAUCGCCUCAGCAUCCUAACUUACAUGUCCCAGUACUACAACUACUUCCAUGGAAAAUCACCUAUUGGGGGUAUGGCAGGCAUCAAGAGGCCUGCUGAAAACUCUGGCGAUCAGCCCUCAGGGAAGAAGAACCAACCAAUCACAGCCAAGACCUACUCUCCAGCUGCCCCAUCCACGCAGAACCAGCCAAUCACAGCCAAGACCUACACUCCGGCUACCCCGCCCACACCAAGCCAGAGAGAAGUGUUGUCUGAGCGCACCAAUAAGACUGGCACUCUAAGCAGCAGCUGCAGUGUCUGCAACAAACACGUCCACCUGGUACAGCGUCACCUAGUGGAGGGGAGGCUCUACCACAGGAACUGCUUCAAGUGCAGCGAGUGCUCCAUCAUUCUUCUCUCUGGCACCUACAAACCAGGAGUCAAACCAGGAACCUUCAUCUGCACAACACACAACACAUUCAGUCCUCCAUCCAGUCAGAGCCCACGGAAUCCUCCCUCACCCAAUCCCAGCACACGGAACCCUCCCACCUCAAAUCCUAGACCGUGGAUCGCCACGUCGACCAGUCAUGGAGAGUUUAGCCCAAAGGCCACGCCGUCCCCUUCCAAGCCCACUGGCCCAUCCUGGCUCGUUACCAAGAGUGACCGCACAGUGACUCCUACACCAUCUCCACGGCAACAACAAGCUACGGCUGCGAUGGUUAGCCCUAACACUAGCAAUAAGUUGGACCGUAACACGACACGCACUCCCUCCAUCUCUUUCACAGAAACACACAGCUCUUCUCCAGCUUCCUCUCUCAGUAGCUCAGCUGCCAAGACCCAGAAUGCUCGACUGCAGUUCUUUGAGUCUGGAACCUCAAGUGGAACCAUGAAGGCACCGUCUGGGACCGCUGACAAAGAGAAACCCACUGGAAGGAACAACGGAACCGAGAGUGGUAGCGCCGGACCCAUGGGAGAGAAGAAGGGAAGGGUGCUCCUGAAAGUGGGGGACUGGAAGAAGGAAGGAAAGAAAGAGAGUGAGGCAGAAAGAGAAAGCGAGAGUGAUAGGGAGAAGGAGAAGGAGAAAGCCAAGGGGAUGAUUGGAAGAAGGCUAGUAGAUGAGAAGAACAGCAGCAGCACUAAUCCGCCAUUAAAAACACAUGGAGGAAAGAGUACUGACAGCAGUGGACAGGUUCGGCCAAAGCCAUUGGACGUACCCUUGAUGACAAAUACAACUCCAACAGACAAGCCAAGUCCAGCCUGUAUGAGUAAAACCAAUAAGGACAGUAAACCAGUCCUCACACCGCCUAAAGAAAAUGACUCCGCCCCCACCAGCUGGAGGUCAAUGCUUAAGCCUGUCUCUAGGGAGACCAAAUCGGUCAGCUCCAUAGACCUAGUCUUACCCAGCAGCACUGAGACCCCGAGACCCAAGUCCCCUUCUCGUUUAUGGGGAGACAGUGCAGGAAAGCCUCAGGCUUCAGGGCCGACCUCCAGCCUGACCACCAGCACAAGUCCUGCUGCUCCUGCCUCUUCCAGCACUCCAACCAGCAAGGGAUCCAAAGCACCAGUGAUGACCGAGACACCAAAAUCACCAAAGGGUAGACCGGAGUAUAUCCCCAAAGAGCAGAUUCUGUGUGAGUUGGAUGAGAUUGAGAAGAAUCUGAAUGAACUGGAAAGGAAAGGAGUAGAGAUGGAGAAACAACUCCGAGUGUUUGAAGAGGAGUGUAAGGAGGAUGUGUUGCAGGAUGAACUCAUGGUGGACUGGUUUAACCUCAUCAGACAGAAACAGGUCCACAUGAGGCGUGAAUCUGAGCUUGUCUACAUAGCUACCAGUCAGGAUCUUGAGGAGCAGCAGCCCAGUGUUGAAGCCGAACUCAGGAGGCUGAUAAUGAAACCUGAGCACUUGAAGACGUCAUUCGACCGCAAGCGCGAGGGAGACCUGUUGGCCAGGCUGGUGGAGAUUGUCAAUGACAGGAGCGCCAUUGUAGACGGACUGGACGAGGAUAGACUCAGGGAGGUGGAGGAAGACGAGGAACUCAAUAAGAUGAUGGAGAAUCUUGAUUCAAAGAAGGACAAGGACAAGAAGAAGUCUCCUAAGUGGAAGUGGUUUAGCUGGAAGUCCAAAAAGGACGGUAUUGAGUCUUGAUCUCAGAGAGAACCAUCUGUGUCUGUGCGUGUGUGUGUGCACACUUGUGUAUGUGCUGGUCUUUGUCUCCCCGAGUGUUUGUUUGUCUGUUUAUUUGUUGUUGUGUCCUGUCCUCUUAUGUAGGAUGAUGUCAAUGAGAUGAGUGGAAUGCUGGUUAUCCAUAUUGGAUCUGCAAUCCCAGAUCCCAAUCCCUAUUCCCCUUUGCCCUGAGCCCACCAAAUGGAUGAGUUCCAGAAUAAACUACUGUCUGUGCUAACAAUAGACAGAUAGGACCCCCUUACACAGUUGCUCACACAUUUUACACACAUGUUUAUGUGACUUACACUACACCUUGAUACUAGAAGUGUCAUUAUGGACAUACUUAGUACUAAGUAUUUUUUUUACAUUUUGAAGGUAGCGGACUAGAGCAGUGCACUAAAGACGUGCGGGGACCAGAGGGCGCUGUGUAACUGAUUCUGUUGCAGGUGCUUCAGAAUCAGAUCCAUCUCAUACACCCAGGGGCGUAACUAUAGGGGGUGCAGCAGGUGCGAUUGCACCUGGGCCCGUGGGGUGUCGGGGCCCAUAGCCGGGCCCAAAGAUUUACACGCGUCGCUCGACAAGCCCCCCCUUUCCAAGUACAGCGACAGGCGUCGCUCGACGGGCCCAACCUUAGUAUAGUGUCAAAUUUUCUCGGAUAUGCUUAUGUUCAAAUACGUGCUGCUUUUGACUAGGCGGUAGUGCAAUAUGCUAUAUAUACACUUGAAAAGGCAAACUUAUCUCAGUCAUGGUUGUUAUUAUUUUUGGGGGAAAAGUAGCAAUU